UUCUACAUGUGUAUGUAGUUAUGUGUCAAACCGUAAACUGUGACGUCACACAAUUUUCAAAUAGCGUUUUGGGCGCGAAAGCAUCUGUCAAAAUAUAUUUUGUUAAUUUAACAUAUUUAAAGCCGUUUAUAGUAUAAAAGUUGAAUUUUAGGGCAACUUUUAGCUAAUAUAGAACGUAAUACAAGCAUUUCAAAAAAUUGGAAACAACCCUAUUGACGAACUUCGAUUUUCGCGGUUAUAGCCCAGCUAGCAGCUAGUAUCCAUGGUCAUAAAAUAAAUUAAAAAAAACGGCGUGUCAAAUCUGACAGCGUCAAAAUAUUUGCGCGCUCUCCGCGCUCUCUUCGCUUUGUUACGGCGAAAAAUCCGAAAUAUCAUAACAUUUUUUGUCAUCAAGCAUGCGUUUUUAUAGGACUUGCCGGGUAUUUUAGAAAUAGCCGCUAUUAUUCACUUGGAUUUGUCUAUAAGUAUUAUUUCGUAUAGUAUUUAGUUAUAAAACAUGCCAACGACUCGUAAAAAAGUAAUAAAAACCGUUUACAAAGAUGAAAAUGAUAGCGAGCCCGAGGAAACCGGAGAUUUUAGCGACUCGGGGUCCGAUGCCAAAAUAACUGACGUCUCCAGCUCAGAGGAUGAGGAGCAAGCCGUGUCUUCAGGAGAAGAAUCUGAAGACGAACAGCCAAAAAGUAGUAAAGCCAAAUUAUCAGCACCGAGAAGAAAGCCGCAAUUUGCGAAAAAUUUGAUUAAAAAGAUUCGCGAUGAACCUCAGGAUGGUUCGGAUGAGAAUGCUCCGGGCACAAAAGCAUUCUCAGUAAAGGAUUUAACUGAUGCUGAUAAACUGCUGCCUUCUUUCCUCAACCUGUCAGAAAGUGACAGCAGUGAUGAUGAAUCUCCCAGAAAACCAUCAAGUGUACCUGCCAACACUACGUUUUCAUCAGCCAAUGAUGCAGACAGCGACCAUGAAACUAAAAUGGAGUAUCAAGAUGUAUGGUCUAAAAAUAUACCUGACAACAGUGAGGAGAUUGCCCAAAAGACUUUCAAAGAAUUGGAAAUCCACAAAACGAAAGUUGAAGAGACAAAAGCUUCAAUCCUCAAUUAUACAGCCAAGAGCUCCUCUGAGGCCUUUGAUGUGAAGGAUCUGUUGGCUCAGGGAGAGGAUGUCCUACCCGAGCCCAUGGAGGUAAAGAAAACUAAAAAAAAGAAGAAACAAAAUGACAGUGACUCGGAAAUGGAGGACUGGGAAGAGGUGAAAGAGUCAAAAACACUUCCAGCAUCUGGAUUGCAGGUGGUCGUAGACUUCCCUGAUGCUGCCCACAGGAAAUCUAAAAAAAUAGACGUUGAAAUGAUGAUGAAAAGAAAAAUGAACAGAGUAAAAAAAGAGUAUCAAGUAUACAUGCACAAGGUCCACGUUCUUUGCUGGCUAGGGCACGGGAAUUAUGUGAGCUCAGUUUUAAAUGAUCAGGAAAUAAUGACUGCCGUUUUAUCGUUGGUUCCUUCAAAAGAAUGCUACCCAGGUGAAAGAGUUGAUGUGAAGUAUAUUGAACAGAUAACAAAAUGGUUUAAGAACAAAAUAAAUUUAGUACAAGAUAAGCAUGAAAACAAAUUCAAACCUAAAGCGCCCCCUCUGAAAGAUAUCUUAUUGAAAGAGAUUAAAAACAAGACGGUUUCAACAAAAAAGUUCAUGUUCUUUAUUUUUGUCAGCAUGUUAAGGGCGCUCGGCCUUCAGUGUCGAGUCAUGUUCAACUUUGUGACAUUGCCAAUUAGACCGCCUAGUUCCGAACUUUGUUCUCUUUCUACCAAACCAAAAGAUGAAAAGAAGAAUGUGGAGCCUAAAAAAGAAGACACAAAGAAAUCUGCUCAAAAAAAAGGCUGCACAUCUAAAAAGAAUUCAAAACAGUGCAUACCACAAGUCGAUGGAAACUGUGAUAGUGACAUGGAUGUGGAUGAUAACUAUUUUAGUGAAACUAACAUUAUGCAAGUUGACGGGAAUGAUGAUGUUAAUAUUAAAACAGCAAAAGGUCGUAAAACUAGGCGAAGUAAAGUGGCUGCAGCCUUGGAACUCACAGAAAAGGACGAAGAUGUUUCACCACCUAAAAGAGCAAGAAGGAGUGCCGCCAAUCCCUCAAAGUCUAAACCAUUGGAAAAUAAAUCUGAGGAUAAAACAUUACCAAAGAGAAGAAACAGAAAAGUCAGUGAAGAUAAAUCUAAGGCCCAAGAGACAAAAUCAGUAAAAGUAAACUCUAGUAAUAAAGCUUCACCAACGCCUAAGAUACUUUCUUUAAAUAGGCGUGCCAAAGCUAUUAAAGAAACUGAAAUGAAGGAAAGCAAAAAUGAUAUCUCAAGAAGUUCACAAGAAAAGUCAAGUAAGAUGGCCUCAGCUCCAAAACAAUCUGAUCUUCCAAAAAUCAUUGUUACUAACGAAAAUAACAAGGCAGUUAGUAGCACAUUCUUUGAAAGUAAUAGAAAUAUUGAACCAACUAAAUCUACAACACGGAGCCGAUCAAAAACUGCCGGCGUCAAAAACGUGCAAGACUCUAAAGAUUCUGUUAAUAAAAACACUAAAUCUAGAUCCAAGAGUGCAGGCACUCCCGAAACAAGUAAAUAUUUCAAAGAUAGAAUAAAUAAAACAACUAAAAUAACAAAAAAGGCAGCUAAAGAUCCAGACGAUGAGCUAAGAGUGAGUCACAGAGAUCUGGUAUCGAAAACAAAGACAUCUCCUGAGAAUGAUGUGACUUCUACACUGAUUGCAAUCAUGAAAGACAGAUUGGAAGAGUCCAUGAAUAAUGGUAAGGUGGUAAAGAAGAAAACGAAAACUGUAAAAGGAAAAUCAAAGAACACCAAAGGCGACAGCGAUUACGAACCCGAAGUGAGUGACGAUAAUUUCAAACCGACCAAGAUCAGUCCGAAGCCAAGUACAAGUCGCAAAAUCGACCGUCGAGUACUAUCCACGGACGACGAGUUGCCCAGAGACAAGACGGACGUGUGGUGCGAGGUCUUCGUGGAGGAGCUGGAGCAGUGGAUAGCUGUCGAUGUGGUCAAGGGGCAGGUUCACUGCACCAAUGAGAUUUACAGCCGAGCAACCCACCCCGUCUGUUACGUCGUCGGGUGGGACAACAACAACUACCUCAAAGACGUGACGCGGCGCUACGUGCCGCACUGGAACACCGCCACCCGCAAGCAGCGCGCCGAGCCGGCCUGGUGGCGCGCGGCCGCCGCCCCGUGGCGCGGGCCCGGCUCGGCCAGGGACCGGGAGGAGGACGAAGCUCUGGAUAGGUUGCAGUUAGAUGCUCCGCUGCCUAAAAGCAUUGCUGAAUACAAAAACCACCCUCUGUACGCGUUAAAGCGGCACCUGCUGAAGUACGAGGCGCUGUACCCGGCCGACGCGGCCACGCUGGGCUUCGUGCGCGGCGAGGCGGUGUACGCGCGCGGCUGCGUGCACGUGUGCCGCUCCCGGGACACGUGGCUCAAGGAGGCCAAGGUGGUCAAGCUGGGCGAGAAGCCCUAUAAAGUCGUCAAAGCGCGCCCCAAGUGGGACAAGCUAUCCAAUAAGCUGAUAACAGACAAGCCGCUGGAAAUAUUCGGGCCGUGGCAGGUUCAGGAAUACGAGCCACCCGUGGCCGAGAACGGCAUCGUUCCACGUAACGCCUACGGCAACGUCGAACUGUUCAAGGCCUGCAUGUUGCCUAAAGGCACCGUACAUAUCAAAUUACCUGGCCUGAACAAAGUGGCCAAGAAGCUGAACAUAGACUGCGCCCCGGCCAUGACGGGCUUUGACUUCAACGGCGGCUGGUCGCACCCGGUGUACGACGGCUUCGUCGUGUGCCAGGAGUUCGAGGAGGUCGUCACGCAGGCCUGGCUCGAGGAUCAAGAAGAAAUGGAGAGGCGCGAAAAAGAAAAAACCGAGGCAAGAGUCUAUGGCAACUGGAAACGGCUGAUCAAGGGUCUCAUGAUCAAGGAGCGGCUCAAGCUUAAGUACGGGUUCCAGGAACCCAGCACUUCGGACAAAGCUAAAAAUUCGAAAGCCCCAAGAUUUGUGACGAAGAAAAAAAAGUAAUUUUCAAAAGUUAGUUGAAUAGUUACUGCAAAUUGCGUCACAAUCCUAGUCCAAUCAGUAUACACUGAUACAGAUAUCAGGACAUAUAGUUUGGCAAGAGUCGCUCGUCAUAGGCACAGAGGGUCAUUAUGUAUUUUCAUUACGUUAUUUUUAUAACCCCGAUAAAGGGACUAGUUGUAUUAUUCUAGUGUUACUGACAAAACUGGUUUACCGUGUUUUUAAAAAAUUUUGAAGUGAAAACUUCUUUAGCGGCGCUGUGCACUUUUUGUGGGGGAAAAAAAUUUAAACUCGCGUCAGGUGUCACGUGACCGUCAGAUUGAAAAUUGAAUGUCAUCGAAGCCUGGAUACUUUUGAAAAAUCGUAGGUAUCUCAUUCAAAUGUGACAUUUUAUUUUCUUCAUAAUCAAAGUGCUGUCAUAACGGUUGAAGAGGUUUAAUCUUUGUUAAUUGUGUUGUAUUGUAUCUUUGUGUUGUUAGGUGUCCAUGAUUGUAGAUACUCAAAUUUUUCCUUACCAAAAAGUUAAAUAACAGAAAAGAAGCGUGACUGUUUUACUUAAUAUGAUGGUGAACGAUUCAUCAUUUACUGAUUGUGUAGGCUGUGGUCCUGCUCAUAUCUCAUAAAUUACUCUGUAUAUGUUAUAUAUUACUUAACCUAAAAUUCGCAUUUCAAAAUAUCUUCCACACUCAAAUUUAUUUACGUAGGUAUAAUAGAGAAUUAUCUCUUUUUAUAAAACUGCUACUCAAUUUCUCCAAAAUAUCAAAAAUGCACAACGUUAAUAUUCAAGUUUUCAAUUCUGCCGGCACUCCCGGAGUGCAACCCGUUGUUUUUUUUUUAUUAACUCUACAUGAGAACAAUUUAACUUCAACAAUUAAAUAGUAGAGGUUUAAUCCCAUUAAUGUUAAACUUACGAUUAUGUAUAGUUUGUAAAUAUGUACUUUAUACUGAAUGAAAUGGAAUGAAGAUGUUUAACGGAUAAAUCUUAAAAAUGUCAGUUAUUGAUUAGGCAAUAGUUACAAUGGGAAAGAUCAUGAUAAUUUGUUGAAAAAAGUGUCAAUUCGUAUCAUCGCAAAAAAAUCUUAUAAUGAGUUCGAAGACAUAAGGUGUUAGAAAAAAAAAACUUUAAAAACAUAAGUACCUGAUAAUAAUUUUUUUUUUGUGUAAAUAAAUUCUCAUACGUGAAAGUUUGGUUGUCCUUUUUCACUCUGUAGGUAUUCUUGCUGUUACGAGUAUUAAUAACUUUAUUAAUCGUAUUAUACACAUAUAGAAAUCCACUUAAUUAUACUCUUAUUAUAACAAACUUAAGUCUUAAAACUCCCAAGGGCCAGCCAUAGCAAAGAGAAUUUGAAAUAGAGGUGGAUUGUCAGAGAAGACUUUGUAGCCAUAGUAUUUACUGUGACUACAAAGUCUUCUUUGACAAUCCAAAAAAGGCAGGCAGUAUAGGGAGCGUGCAUGAACUGUACGAGACAACACAGGAGCCGUCAGAUUUUUGGCGCGAGGCGUAAAUGUGAUGUUUUUUGUUCCGAUGUAGCCCACAAGAUGGCAGAACCUACUAUGCACAAGAAAACACGUGACGUGUACAUAUGCAUGUCUAUGGUUCCGAUUCAGGCCACAAGAUGGCAGACCCUCCAACGCGCACGGUCCCUAUAUUUAUACUGCCAUCUUUCGACACAUGAUUAAAACUUUUAGAACACCAUUUGACUUUGAUCCUUAUCCUAUGACUGAUGUGUUUAAUUUGUUAAAUAUCCAAAAGUGGCGCCCUCUUGGCGAAGUGUAUUGUAGGAUUUUGCUUUAUUUGAAUAUCGAACGAAACGAAACAAAAGCAACAUUGAAAAUCAUUUAAAUUUCAUCGAAGUUUUCAUAAGUACUACGAGUAUAAGCAAGACCGUGAGCUUUACGGGGAUAAAGGAGUAUGCUAUAUGUUUAGUAAAACAAAGGGAGAAUAUAAAUACUGUGGCAAACCAAUGAGAUCAAAACCCCUCAGAUAAAAAAUGGCUCCAACUGCCUUCGAACCAAACAAAAUUCUGUGCUUUAUGGUUUAUACAAAGUUAUACUGCUUUGAAUUGGAUUUUCGUCAGUGAAGUCGGCAAAUUAAAAAAAAUGCGCGUAGGGUCGAACUUCAUAGUAUAUUUAUUAUAAAAAUUUACUUACACAUUGGCUUACCAAACUAUAACAACAUUUUUACCGUUUUCAAGGAGUCCUGGAGACUACUAAAUAUUUUAAUAAUUUAUCAAAUCUUGUGUGAAUAUCACCUCAAAAGCGAUGUGUGCCUCAUUCCGAGACAUUAAAUUUGUGAAAUCUUACCGCCUAUACACUAUAAUUAUAUACUAAUUUCUAAAAUUGUUAAGUUAACUUUAGUAUAGUUAAAGUUAAGUCACUCUUAUUAAUUAUGUUAUUAUUUGCAUGUUGUACGGGUAUUAUUUGUAAUUUAGUAAUGCAAGUGUAACAUUGAUUGUUAUUUAAAGUUCAUUUGUUGUUAUUUAAAUGUUAAAAUGCUUGCAAUUGAUUAUGUUAUGCAUGUCUUUUAUUAUUAACAUUCAUGUAAUUAAAAUUAUUAAUAAUUCCUCUUAAUUAAAAGUUAUAAUUUUAA